GAAACCGAGGCCUGAAUUCGGAAUCAAAUAACUAUCGAUUUCACCGAUUUAGGGUACCUAUUCCCUAAAGCCCAAGCCUAAACGGUACAAGAUAUUUUCUAUUUCUCUCUCUCGCGUCGCCUGAGAGUUUCUUAAGCUUCCCCUUCGAUUAAGCCCCAAACCCUAGAAUUUCAUGGCGUAAAUUAUAAGUUCGAAUCUCUCGCUCUCUCUAACAAGCAUUUCUCUCACUCACACACCAUCUCAAAGCAAAAGGAUCGCUCUUCAAACCCUAGAAAAUGUCGGGCGGAUUUUUCCGGGGUACUUCGGCUGAUCAAGACACUCGGUUCUCCAAUAAGCAAGCGAAGCUACUGAAAUCGCAGAAAUUUGCUCCUGAAUUGGACCAUCUGGUUGAUAUGACGAAGGUUGAGAUGGAUGUUAUUAGACCUUGGAUUGCUACUCGGGUAACUGAGCUUCUCGGUUUUGAAGAUGAAGUUCUUAUUAACUUCAUCUAUGGUCUUCUGGAUGGGAAGGAAGUCAAUGGCAAGCAAGUUCAGAUAUCCCUCACUGGAUUCAUGGAGAAGAAUACUGGAAAGUUUAUGAAAGAGCUCUGGAUCCUUCUGCUUAGCGCGCAGAGAAAUGCAAGUGGUGUUCCUCAACAGUUUUUGGAUGCUAAAGAAGAAGAAACUAGGAAGAAAAAGGCGGAGUCAGAUCGGAUAGCAAAUGAGAUUCAGAAGAAGAAAGAUAAGGAGAGUGGAGAACUUGAACAGGAGAGAUUGAGGAAGAUGGACAAUGGGGAUGAAAGGAAGGCUGGCGACCUGGAGUUGGAGCCAUCCUCAAAGAAUAAGCUGCCAAAGAGUUCAAGUGCACGUCCUGAGGGUGAAAGAGAUGCCGACCAAAGGAAUGGUGUUGGAAGGAAGAGAGUUUCUAGAUCUCCAUGUUCAACUGACCGUUCUGCAUCCCCUCGGGGACCGCGUUCUCAAUCAAUCAGCAGAUCACUUUCUAAUUCAAGAAGCUAUUCAGAUGACAAACAGAAGUCUAGGAGUGUAUCCAGAUCACCUCAACAACGACAGCGUUCCAUUUCUUCUGAUAGGAUGUAUCAUUCGCCAAGAAGGCGAUCUCUAACUCCUCGAUCUAGACAUUCACCUCGGUCACCACGUUCCCCUGCAAGACGAAGAUUGUCUUAUUCUAGGCGAAGAUCUCGAUCUCGCUCACCUCGCAGAUCACGAUCUCCUAUAAGACGUAGAUUACGUUCCCCAUAUCGGCGCAGAUCACCUACACCCGUGCGUCGUAGAUCACGGUCACCCAUCCGGCGUCAUAGAUCACCAUCACCUAUCCGACGUCAUAGAUCACCAUCACCAAUCCGACGUCAUAGAUCACCAUCACCAAUCCGACGUCAUAGAUCACCAUUAUCAAAUCGACGUCACAGAUCACCAUCCCUUGUUCGACGUCGUAGAUCUCCAUCACUUGUGCGUCGAAGAUCUCCAUCACCUGUGCAUCGUAGAUCUCCUUCGCCUGGGCGCCGUAGAUCUCCAUCACCUAUACGUCGUAGAUCUCUGUUUCCUGUGCGCCGUAAAUCUCCAUCACCCUUGCGACGUAGAUCACCGCCCCCUAUGCAACGUAAAUCACCUUCUCCUAUGCGACAAGAGCGUCGUAGAUCUUCAUCGACACCACCACGAUACAGGUCAUCAUCUCUUGUAGGACAUAGAUCACCAGCUUCCAGCCAUAGGUCAAUAACUCCUUCCCAUGGUAGGUCUCGUUCACCGUAUCAAUCAAGUUCUUUGUCUCCUGUGCAACGUAGAUCUUCUUCACCAGUUAUGAGGUCUCCAGAGAAACAAAGAUCACCUUUGCUUUCUCCUGGAGAAAGACAAGGAGUGCGUGGAAAGUUGUCUCCUGUGGGACGUAGGCUCUCUAGUUCCCCAGAUAGAGAUCGUAUGGAUCAGAGGGAUGCAGGUUAUAAAGUGCCAGCUUUGUCACUGUCCCCAAAUAAGUUUUCUGUAUCCAAAUCUCCAUCUCAUGUGAGGAAUCGAUCUGCCAGUGAAGAUAGAAGGUCAUCAAGUCCGUAUGAGAGUCCUAUGAGGCAAAGGCGGGAGCGAAUUGCUAGUCAUGACGGCUCUAGUCCUGAGCGGAAACCAAGAGAAUUGAAAGGUCAACGGGACAGUAAAGGGACUGGCAGAAAAAAUGAAGCCAGCAGAAGCAGGCAUUCACCGCUAGUCAGUAAGCAGAGGGUUUCUCCUAGGAAGGUUCAUACUUCUGAUCAAUUAGCAGGUGGUCGGUCUACAGAAUCUUUGAGUCGGCUUGAUAACAUGGAAUCGAGAAAGAAAGACCUUGAAAUCAAGAGUGAGAAGUGUUCUGGAAAAGGGGUUGAUUUGGGAACUCCUGAUCGACAGAGAUCGCCUGCAAUAUCCGAGGACACAUUUCAAGGUGAGAAGCAAAGUUCAUUGCACCUGAGAGAAGGAAAAAGAUCUAGUGAGAGGGGCCGUUCCCGUCAAAAUGAUAUAAAGGACAGUGAUCAACGCCACAAAGCAGAAACUUCACCAAUGUUGCUUGAAAAACUUGAUCAGUAUAAUCAUGGUUUGGAUUCAGGUUCUGAAGGAAGUGAUAAGCACAGAACUAAGCAUAAGGAAAAGAGAAAGCAUAAAAGGUCUGAGAGGCGUGAAGUUACUUCAGAUGAUGACUCUAGUUAUGAUUCUGAAAUAGAGGGCAGAAAAGAGGCUAAGAGGAGGAGGAAGGAAGAAAAGAGAUUGCGAAAGGAGGAGAAGCGGAGACGUCGUGAGGAGAGGCGUCGCAGAAGGGAAGAACGUCGUGCGGAGAAGCUGAAAAUGAAAGGUCAAGAUGAUGGCUCUAGUUCAGAUGGUGAACAUGUGGCUAAGAGGAAAUCUCAACCAAGUGAUGAUGAAGAUGCAGAGACUGAGCAGAAGAAGCUUGAAAUUGAGUUAAGGAAGAAGGCGAUUGAAUCACUCAAAGCGAAGAAGGGCAUUAGUCGCUGAAUCUUUUUGUGUCUUUUGAACAUUAAUAUGUUAUUUUCUUUUUGUUGAGCAGAUAUAUUUAAAGUUUGAUAGGAGUUUUUAUGUUUCGAAUUGGAGUGUCUUUAUAUAUUGGUUACUUGCUUAAUGUAGUUUGUGUUUACUGCUGGCAGCUGGAAUGGAUAAAUGAGGAUUUCCUGAGCUUUUCUCUUGAGUGCAACUUUAUGCAGACCUUGCUGCUAGAUUUCUGGUAAUAACUGUCUUCCCUCAGUUGGGAAUUUGUUUUUUUAGUCACAUGGGUGUGAAGGCAUGCUGUUGCCUUGGUUGAUUUUUGUGGUUGACUUAAUUUGAUGCACUCGAUGUGAAAUGUGAGUUUGAUGUAUGCCUGAGGGAUGGAAUUAACCAGAUAAAUUUAUUUUCAACUAGAUGACUUGGUUGAGCAGGCCAUGUGCAGAUCUCCAAUUUGAACCUCAAUUCAGCUUGAUAGUUGUUCCGGGGACUUUGUUUUCUAAAAUUAUUGCUGGUGCUACGGUUAUCGGACUUAUCCUGGCCUGAUUAUGCACUGAAAAGUUUCUGCAGAUGACAUCGUCAUGUAUGUAUUUGCACUGAUUAAAUCUGUAUGAGAAUAUUUCUUAAAAGUCCUAAAGGUAUAUUUGCACUGAUUAUGCACUGAUCUAUUGCAAUUCCUAAUCAGCUAUUGGUUUGGGAAAUGUCAUUAUAACCAAAUCUGAGCCUGUGGGCUCUAGGAUGUUAGGAUGGAUGGCAAUGUAGUGUAUAUUUGAAGUAUGGCAAGGAUAAAAACAUUGCUUAUGUAAGAUGAAUUAGGCAAUCCUUCUGUCUCCCA